AUGGCUUUGCUGAAGGUCAAAUUCGAUCUAAAAAAGCGGGUAAAGCUCGCCCAGAGCGUGUGGUUCCUGUUCUGGUUCGCCGUCAUGGCCGGCGUGCUGGUCUUCAGCAUGGGCCUCUUCUUCAAGAUUGAACUGCGGAAACGCUCAGAAUUGAUGGACAACAACGAGAGCCACUUCUUGCCCAACUUACUCAUCUUUAUGGGCCUGAUAGCGUGCGGCAUCAACGCCUUAGGCGGCAAGAUCUGCUACGACUCGUUGGACCCCACCAAAUUCGUCAAGUGGAAGCCCAUGCUCAAGAAUUUCCUUAUAGGCUGCGUGGUCUUCAACAUCUUGCUGGUGGUCACGGCGCUGCUGUGCUUUAUCAUGCGCAUCCCGUUGCAAUUCACACUAGCUGAGGGCCUGCGCAAUGGGAUGCGCUACUACAAGGACACGGACACGCCAGGACGCUGCUACAUGAAGCGGACGCUGGACUUGAUGCAAAUGGAGUUCCGAUGCUGCGGCAACGACAACUACCGGGACUGGUUCGAGAUCCAGUGGGUCAGCAACCGCUACCUGGAUUUCAGCGCUAAAGAGGUCAAAGACCGCAUCGGAAGCAACGUGGACGGCCAGUACCUGAUGGACGGCGUGCCCUUCAGCUGCUGUAACCCAAGUUCGCCGCGGCCGUGCAUCCAGCAUCAGAUGACCAACAACUCGGCUCACUACAGCUACGACCACUACACCGAGGACCUCAACGUGUGGAAGAGCGGUUGCCGCGACGCUCUUCUCUCCUACUAUGGAGGCAUGAUGACCACCAUCGCCCUCCUGGUGCUGCUGGUCACCAUGCUAGAGGUGGCAGUGACGGCAGGCUUGCAGUAUGUCGACAGCUCACUGUCAACUCUCGCCAACCCCGAGGACCCAGAGAGCGAGAGUGAGGGUUGGCUCCUGGAGAAGACGGUCAAGGAGACAUUCACCGACAUUAUGGCCAAAAUGAAGGCCAUGGGCAAAGGUGGCAAAGUGGAGGAGGGAGGCGAAGAGGGUGGCGUGGCCACUGUGAGCUGA